AUGUCUGCGACACCUAAAACCGAUGCUGAGGGCGUUACCCCGCCAGGAAAGCUCACAACGACUCCGCCACCCCAAAUCCCCGAAUCUCGCGAUGCUUUCUACGGAUAUCCUGAAGAACGGACGUUCCAGCAUAUCGAAGAGAAGAUGUGGGCGCAUAGACGUGGCUCCGACGCGCGCUCAGACGGGGCAGCGUCAUUUGCAGGGAGCAUGCUAGGGCACGGUGUAGCUGGCGAUGCGCGUGUAUCGAGCCCAUUUGUCGAAGAACUCGAAGGGGAAGCGGAGGAGGCGGCCAAGUCUGUGAUGGAGGGACACCCGCCAGAAACGGUCCUCUCUUCGGAGCUGGUUAACCUGUUCCAGUCAUUCCAGCGUUGCCUUGAGCUCCGUGAUAAAUACACCCGCAAGUCCUGCCAGAGACUGGGGGACAAUCCUAAAGACUACGAUGGGUAUUUUCAAGGACUAGACGACGAGUUUGCGGAUGUGAAUGGGGUGAGGCCGGAUGCGGGGAUGCCUCCUAGUUUAAGAUCAAGCGGUGCCAAGCAAACGAAGCCGUGGAAGGUGUACCCGAGUCCACCACCUCCGCAUUGGCACUGGACAGACGACAAGGAGGCGGUAAGCGUCGACGGGGGAUACGGUGGAAGUGGGAAAGAGUUCAAGCUUGAGGAGUGUGAGAUUCCUGAGGAUCAUGAUUGGGACUUUAAGAUCGAUGAAAAGGGCGUGUUCCAAGUGUAUGAGCCUGGUCAAACGAUGCCGGCGUUUGACAUACCCAGCAUCCGUGAAUAUUUCGUGGACCUGGAUUAUAUUCUAGGUGUCAUCUCGGAUGGCCCAACGAAGAGUUUCGCAUUUCGAAGACUCAAGUAUCUGGCAAGCAAAUUUACGAUGUACAGCCUCUUGAAUGAGUUCCAGGAAUUGGCCGACAUGAAGCGCGUUCCUCACAGAGAUUUCUACAACCUUCGUAAAGUCGACACGCACGUGCACCAUUCAAGUAGCAUGAACCAGAAGCAUCUAUUGCGGUUUAUUAAAUCCAAGAUGAAGCGUAGCCCUCAGGAUGUUGUAAUAUUCCGCGACGGCGCUGAAUUGACGCUGGAACAGGUAUUCCAGUCGCUCAAAUUGACAGCCUACGAUUUGUCUAUCGACACGUUGGACAUGCAUGCGCACCAGGACACCUUCCAUAGAUUUGACAAAUUCAAUCUAAAAUAUAACCCGAUUGGAGAGUCGAGACUGAGGGAGAUCUUCUUGAAGACAGAUAACUUCAUCCAAGGAAGGUAUUUGGCGGAGAUCACCAAAGAGGUCAUGACCGACUUGGAACAGAGUAAGUACCAGAACUGUGAAUGGCGACUUAGCAUCUACGGUCGGUCUCCGUCCGAAUGGGACAAGAUCGCAAAAUGGAUCGUCAACAAUAAGCUCUACUCGCACAACGUCCGAUGGCUCAUCCAGGUUCCGCGGCUGUAUGACGUGUACAAAGCGAAUGGAUCUAUCAAGACCUUUGAGGAUAUCGUUAUCAAUGUGUUCAGGCCGCUGUUUGAGGUAACCAAAGAUCCGACGACUCACCCAGAGCUGCAUGUUUUCCUGCAACGCGUAGUCGGCUUCGAUACCGUAGACGAUGAAUCCAAGGCUGAGAGGAGGAUAUACAAAAAGUUCCCUUAUCCGCGAGUCUGGGAUACCAAUCAGUCGCCACCUUACUCAUAUUGGAUAUAUUACAUGUUCGCCAACAUGGCAAGUCUAAAUAACUGGCGGAAGUUACGCGGAUUCAAUACUUUCGUGUUCCGACCACAUUGUGGCGAGGCAGGCGAUACGGACCACUUGACCUCCGCCUUCCUCACCUCGCACUCGAUCUCGCAUGGUAUCCUGCUUCGCAAGGUCCCCGCAUUGCAGUACCUGUUCUACCUCAAGCAGAUCGGGAUAGCGAUGAGCCCCCUGAGUAAUAAUGCGUUGUUUUUGACGUAUGAAAGGAAUCCUCUGCCGGAUUUCUUCAAGACGGGACUGAAUGUCAGCUUGAGUACGGAUGAUCCGCUGCAGUUCCAUUUUACCAAGGAACCUCUGCUGGAGGAAUACAGUGUUGCUGCUCAUAUUUACAAGCUCCCUCAAAGCUCGCUGGCCGAGCUCGCGCGAAACUCGGUUAUCCAAAGCGGAUUCGAGAUGGAGCUCAAACGACACUGGAUAGGACCCGAAUGGUACCUACCUGGGGCCGCUGGAAAUGAUAUCAACAAGACGAAUGUACCCAAUAUACGACUGUCUUACAGGCACCAGACCUUAUUAGAGGAGCUCGAUAUGAUCUGUGCGAAGAAUCACGGGCACGGGUCUGUUGGGAGGCGUGAUUCACAUGGGCACGGCCAUGGGAUGUUGCCGACCGCUGAUAAUGUCGCGGCGCGGGCGAUGGCGAGGCAUUAA